UGGACCGCGGCGGACACGGCGGCGCAGAUCACCCGGCGCAAGCGGGAGGUGGCCGAUGAGGCGGAGCAGCGGAGAAACUACCUGGAGGGCACCUGCGUGGAGUGGCUCGGCAGGUACCUGGAGAACGGGAAGGAGACGCUGCAGCGCGGAGAUCCCCUGAAGACACAUGUCUCCCACCAUCCCAUCACUGACCCUGAAGUCACCCUGAGGUGCUGGGCCCUGGACUUCUACCCUGCGGAGAUCACCCUGACCUGGCAGCGGGAUGGGGAGGACCUGACCCAGGACACAGAGCUUGUGGAGACCCGGCCUGCAGGAGAUGGGACCUUCCAGAAGUGGGCGGCCGUGGUGGUGCCUCCUGGACGGGAGCAGAGAUACACGUGCCAUGUGCAGCAGGAGGGGCUGUCCGAGCCCCUCACCUUGAGACUGCAGUCCCCUCCUCGGCCCCCAAUUCCUGUCGUGGGCAUCGUGGCUGGUCUGGCUGUCGUUGUGGUCACCGGUGCUAUGGUGGUUGGAGCUGUCACGUGGAGGAAGGAGAGCUCAGGUGGGGAAAGGGGGAGCUCCGCGUUUUCUUGUCCUUCUGCAGUGUUUCAAGCCCAGGUGGAAAGGGCGUCUGAAUGUGUCCGUGUUCCUGUUAACGUAAUGAGGACCUGUCCUUCCGGGACCUGGGAUGACAGACACUCGGACAUCGCCCAGACCUUGUCCUGCCUGCAGGACUGA